GCUAGUUGGCGUGGAUGAAAUUGUGUAAAUAAAAUGGUUCACUGCACAUUCACACUAAGUUGACUUGGACCAUCUAGAACGGAAAAUCAACGCCCUAUGCAUUGGGACGAAAACGAAAGCUUCAUGAACCCAUCAGCCGGAAAACGUUCCAGCAAUCGCAAUAAUAAAACUGUUUCCCUUUCGCACAGCGAUUCCGAAGCUUUGUUAGUGGCCGAGGCAGCCAAAGAUUUACCACCUGUCGUGUACCCACACGCGUACCACUCGCCCUUGGAAAUCAACGAUCUCCCGGUAGUGGCCAGUGUACAGGACGCUGCGGUCGAAUCCUCGGAAACUGGGACGACACCACCAAACAGUUCACUACAGGUACAUGUACAAACAAGGCCCGAUUCUGCCCCCUCAGAACACAGUGAAGCCAGUGCGAGCCGUAUUAACGUGCUACCGGCUUUGAAAAACACCACUACGUGGCAAGCAAGGGUUGCCCCUUCGGAAAAUAGAGAGAAAGAACCUCCUCAGAACGAUCAAAACGGGCUUGCAGAGAGUCCAGAACCGAUCCAUUCUCCGAUAGGGACAGCGUCAUUGCUGUCAAACUCCACGGGGAGCAUGCCUCGGAGCGACGGCGCGCUGGAUCGUGAGGACACGGUGGAGAUGAAGGAAUACCGUAGACGGCAGGAGAUGCCGAAGUACGCCCCUAAUUGGCCAACUCCAGAAGAGCUGGAUGAAGCGGAGGUUGGGAGGGGUUUGCCAACCUCAGAUAGUACCGAAGAUCUGAGCACUCUCAUCAGUAUCCAUCAGGCUGCCCGGGAUGGAGCAAUUGACAUCAUGCGGCGUUACCUGGACCAGAUAGGCUCCAACAAACGGAAACGCGUUAACAAACUCGACGAGAACAAUCUGAGCGCGCUCCACUAUGCGGCCCGUUACAACCACCUGGAGAUCGUUAAGCUGCUCAUUAAGCAUCAAGCAGACAAACAGUGCAGGGGUGAAGACAAUACCACUCCCAUGCACUACGCCGCUCGCUGCAAACGCACAACCGUCAAGGCAUCCCCAACAGGCUCGGAAGACGAUGACGAUGAUGAUGAGGAUAAUGACACAAGGGACGGUGUCAUCUCCUAUCUGGAGUCCCAAGGGGCGGACGUCAACGUUCAGGACAUCUAUGGACAGACACCGCUGCAUUUUGCUGCCAUGAGGGGGAACGAUGUUGCUGCCAAGGAACUGUUGAACUCGAAAAAAAUCCUUCAUGAGGCUGUUGACAAGCAGUUGAUGACUCCCCUGCACAUGGCAUGCACCCACGGCAACCUUGAGAUCGCUAAGAUGCUGAUCGAGAAAGGAGCGGUGUUGCGCUGCACGGACGAGGAAGGGAACACCCCUCUCUUGGUGGCCUGCACUGAGGGUCACGUGGAGAUCGUCCAGAUGCUGUUUGAGGCCGGUGGGCAGCAAGGUGUUCUAGGCCAGAUGUUGACUGAUUCAGACUAUGACGACAACUCACCGUUGCAUGUAGCAGUGGACAGCGGCAAGCAGCAAAUUGUUCAGAUGUGCCUCGAAAAAGGUGCCAAGCUGAACAGUUAUGACAAGCAGCGCAACACGCCACUUCACAUCGCUGCAGGGGCAGGUCAUAUAGACAUUGUCAAGCUGCUCUUGAGUAAGUCUGCUAACGUGGAUGCUCUCAACAUUGAACGGGCCACACCGCUGCACCGUGCCUGCGCGUUCAAUCGACACCAAGUUGUGGAGUACCUACUGAAAAGCGGUGCAAGAAUUGAACGUCGCGACAAGGACAACUUUACGCCAUUACUGAUCGCUGCGAGCAAUGGACACAGCGCAACCAUUGCCGUGCUCCUCAAGUACGGCGCAAACAUCCGCGCCGUUGAUAAACACGAGAAGAGCUCCAUGUUCUGGGCUGCCCAAGAAAACGAAGUCCAAGCAUUGACGGUUUUGUUGGACCACCGCAAACACAAGGCUAAGAAACUACUGAUGGCCAGUGAUCGUUAUAACAACACGCCACUGCAUGUCGCUGCUGAACAUGGCUACAUCAAUAUUGUCAAGAUUUUACUGGAUCGAGGAGCAAGUUUAGAAGCCAAGAAUGAGGAGGAGCAGACAGCUCUGCAUCUCGCUGCCGCACACGGACGAGUUCACACCCUAAUGGAGUUAGUCCGUCGCGACUUGACAGGCAUCAAUGACGAAGACGAGGAUUCCAACACGCCGUUGCAUUUAGCGGCUUCCGAGGGCCAUGCUAAGUGUGUCCUAGCACUCAUUGACGCAGGGGCCGAUAUUGAAGCAAGGAACCAGUCGUUGUGGACUCCGUUGGACUGCUCAGCAGCCAAUGGUUGGGUGAAGUGCGCCACCGCUCUGCUGGAAAACGACAGUCCCAUUGAUCCAAUUGAUAAAACCAGGACUACACCGCUUCAUUUGGCCUCCAAGAAUGGCCACGUUGACAUGGUCAAGCUGCUGUGUGAACGGGGAGCGGAUCUGUCACUGAAAGAUGGGAAUGAACACAACUGCAUGGACCUUGCUAUCGACAAGGGACAUGAACAAGUGGCCCGCGCCAUCAUUGCCCACAAGCAUUGGCAGCAUGCCAUGUAUUCAACCAGCAAGGACAAGUUUACUAAGAUCAGGUCGACUCCGAUGCGCAAACUGAUCAAGAAGAUGCCGGAUGUGGCAGAGGCCGUCUUCAACCGGUGCGUGUCCGAGAACGAAUUCCCUGCCGAACACAAGAAGUACUGCAUCACCUUUGACUACGAGCUCUUGGAUGACAUGUUCUCCAAGUGGGACGAUAACAGCCCAGACAACGUUUCUGAGGUUUCUGGAGGCUCGGACGACAACAGUCCGUUCAUGGAGAACGGAAAACUCUCCAGCAAUGCCUCACCCUACUCCUCAAAUGCCAAGGUGUUGAGAUUGAACCACCCGCUGACAAUAAUGGUGAACUCCAAACGUGACGAGUUGCUCGGGCACCCGCUGGUCACCAGCCUCAUGCAGCAUAAGUGGGACAGCUACGGCCGCUUCUUCUACUACACAUCCCUGGUAUUCUAUGCUCUGUUCCUGGUGUUUCUGACCGGCUACGUUGUGACCAACCCCCCGUCAUUUUACUUCACUGCGAAUCUGACGGCGGGAACUUUUGAAUGGAAAGCAGACGGAAAGGAACGUUGGGAGCAAGGCUUCAGCUCGGCCACUCAUUACCUCUUUGGGAAUGUGGGACACUGGGUCAUCAUUUUCCUGUCUGCGGUCAACAUUGUGAAAGAGCUCGUGCAGUUGUACCAUCAGAAGUUGAACUACUUUGGCUGGGUUAAUCUGUUAGAGUGGGCUAUCUACACGUUGUCCAUUCUGUUCGUGAUCCCUUGGUCUGGUGUCUACUAUCCUUAUGGCACUGAGGGAAAAGAAUGUAUUGUGGAACCAGGCACCAAUUGCAUCAUGCUUCGAUUGCCAUGGCAGUGGCAGUUAGGGGGCGUGGCUGUGUUCUUGGCCUGGAUCAACCUGAUUCUGUUCCUGAGGAAGUUUCCACAGUUUGGGAUUUACAUCGUCAUGUUCACAGAUGUGCUGAAGACGUUCCUUCAGUUUGCGAUCGUCUUCUUCCUCUUCAUCAUUGCGUUUGGACUGGCGUUCUACUCACUCCUUCAGAACCAGCAAUCCUUCCACCGUGUCCACUACGCCCUGGUCAAGACUUUUGUCAUGAUGAUUGGCGAAUUUGAAUUUGACAGCAUCUUCCACAAUUUGAACUACUUGCGCUACGGUCAGGACGCUAUGGAAGACAAGGAGUUGUUCCUUGCGGAGGUGUACUAUGCUGGAGUCACUUACGUCAUCUUUGUCAUCUUCGUGAUCAUCAUGUCAAUCAUCAUCAUGAACUUACUGGUUGGUCUGGCUGUAGAUGACAUUAAAGAAGUCCAGGAACAAGCCAAGCUGAAACGUCUGGGCAUGCAGGUCAAUCUGGCAAUGGAAGUACAAGAGGCUUUGCCGUCAUUCUUAUGGAAGCUUUCCAUUAGGAAGACGAUCUCCGUGCAUCCUAACCAGCAGAGUCGGACCAUAUUCGCUCAAUUUUACCGUUGGUACUCGGGACGUGAGGAGCUUCUGAGCGAUACAAUCAUGACCGCUCUGAAUCCACCGAAGACUGAGCUGGAGGAGAUCAAGGACCAACAAGAUGAACUGGCCAGCACCUUGAAGAACGUGAAGUACAGACUGAAGAUGAUGAGGACUCAGAAUGAUCGGAUUGAAGCCAUGAUGGAAGCACUGAUCAAGAAGACGGAGGUGGACUUUGAAGAAGGAGAGGCAUCCGAAGAAGUGGGAGAGUAAAGGUCAAAGGUCACGUACAUCAGUGCAUAACAACUGAGUCUGUGUUAAUGACGGAGCAAUUGAUGAUAUUCAGUAUUUAAAGGCAUAUAGGAUCAUUUGCUUUUCAAGCAUUUAAUUCGUUUUCAAUAAUAAAACCACUCAUAAUCCAAAGAAGAAUGUUCA